AUGAACGGGGAGACUUGCGUGUCUUAUUGUGAUAUAGCGAGUAUGGAUUCGUAUUAUAACCCAGCUCCGCAGGGGAGAGAAAAUCAACACUCUCCUUUUAGAACAUUCCAGCCAAGUGACAAGUUCGGCCCCAACUUCCUGGCCAACAAAGGCCAAAGUUAUGGUGACAAGUCGAGGACCCCCUUCCAGCAGGAAUGUGAGCCAUUGGACAACAGCAUUCAAAACCCCACCGGCGACAGCGCCUUUAACAAAUAUCUGUACAUGCAGAGCGCUGGCAGGACCGCCAAGUCCCCGGCAGAGAACAAGAUUCAAGAAGGCAGUCACAACGGCGCCUUGAUACCCUGCUAUGCUAAAGACAGCCCACUGGGAGAGUCGGACCUGCCUCAAAGCCCUGACCCUGCAGUGAUGGAGAGCCCCUACCUCAGCGUGAAGGAGGCAGCAAUGAAAGGGGUCAACACCGAGCUGCCCAAUCCCAUGGACAAAGGCGAGAGCGACAGCAACAAAGGCAAGAAACGCAGGAACAGGACCACCUUCACCAGUUAUCAGCUGGAGGAACUGGAAAAGGUUUUUCAAAAGACUCACUAUCCGGACGUUUAUGCCAGGGAACAGCUCGCACUAAGGACUGACCUGACAGAAGCUCGAGUGCAGGUUUGGUUUCAGAACAGAAGAGCUAAGUGGAGGAAAAGAGAACGUUUCGGACAGAUGCAGCAAGUCCGCAGUCACUUCUCCACUGCCUACGAGCUACCCAUCUUAACCCGGGAGAACUAUGCUCAGAUACAAAACCCAUCUUGGAUUGGCAACAAUGGUGCAUCUUCUCCGGUGCCAGCUUGUGUUGUGCCCUGUGAAACGGUAACAUCCUGCAUGUCUCCACAUGCACACGCACAUGCACCAGGUGGGGUGUCUGACUUCCUGGGUGUUUCUGCCCCUGGGAGCCAUGUGGGACAGACACAUAUGGGUGGUCUCUUUGGCACCACUGGGCUAGGAGCUGCCAUCAACGCAUUUGACAUCAGUAAUGAACCAGAUCGAAAAUCAUCCAGCAUUGCAGCCUUAAGAAUGAAAGCCAAAGAGCACAGCGCUGCCAUAUCUUGGGCCACAUGACCGACAUAACAAUAGAUAUUCAAACACUGAAAAUAAUACAAUAUUACAUAAUGCUGGACUAAGGACAUAACGCAACAUGGAGAUUUAUAAGCAGCACUUUUUCUAUUAUAGGUUGGUAGGAUUAGAAAUAAGGUUUACUUCAUCUUCAAAAUAUUUAUAUUAUACCCCUUACUGUAAAAGAGCUAUCCUGAAAAAUAAUCAAAAUCCAAAAUUUGAAAUUGAUAUCCUUAGAUUUUAGGCAAGCUUGUAAAAUUCUAGCGUAAAAUGGCAGCGAUUUUCUUAAGGGCCAAAUUUGUAAUUAGAAUUCAGCCAGCUCAAGGACAUUGCAGAGAAUUCUCAGUAUAAAACCGUGUAUAAGUGCAAUCAUCAUUGGCUAUGAAGUUUAAAGCGGAUGAAAAGAAUCUUAUUUUGUAGAAAAGCUUGUAAACUAACUUAAAUGACUCUCCCACAAUAGGUUAGCAAGACAUUGUUCAACAAGAUCUUAGUGACAAAAGGUAAAUACAUCUAUACUACAGUACCAAUCAGUUGGGAGGCAAGAGAAAAACAACUCUUAACUUAUCCCAAACAGGUUUGUUUAACUUAACGCCUUGGCAACGUCUUGCAACUUUAUACAUUGAUUAAUUCUAAUUUUCAUGAAGUUUUUGAAGGCUUCUGUAUAAAUUGUAACAGCUCUUUUGUGUGUUUUUUGCCAAGUUACUUUGAUUUAAGUGACAUUGGCUAUAGGGUCUUGUUAGUGCCCCAUAUUAGUUGUGGUCUAGAGUUUAAUUGGGUUCCUUGUCCUACUGCCACUAUGGAUCUAGAAGUUCAUUUUGUUUUAAUAAAAUAUUUUAAAGUAAACUGGAUAUCAAGUUCAAAUCAAUUGUUAAGUAGUUAAUCCUUCAAAAAUAUUUACUUGACCAUAAAUAUUAAAACCUGUGUCUAGUCCUGGGCACUGACCUAUAGUAGCAACAGUAGUUUAAGAUCUUGCAAAGUUUACACAAUUUAAAAAAAAGACAAGAAAACGUCUUAUAAAUAAACAAAAAAAAAUCUUUGUGUAAUAUGCUAGAUAUACCAAAAGUGAAAUGUUAUACCAUUUUUAAAUGUCAUUUUCUUUUGCAACAAUCACGCCCAUUGCUAUUACUUAUACUACUGAAGUAGAAGGUUGAAGUUCAGAGUAAUAUAUCUGUUUGGGUGUGUUGUGUACUUUUGCUGAGAGGAAAUCUCGAAUAUUACUGUAUUAAUUUGUUGUAAAAUAUUUUAACCUUGUAAACUCCUUUAGCUUUAAUUGCCUUGUUUUAAAUAUAAUUGUAGGAAAGGGUGCAAUUAGAUUACGUUCAAUAAAAAAUGUUACUGCAUCCAAAGUAGUGUUCUUCAUUACUGUGAGAAUUUAACAAACUCAAUUUGCCUGUGUUGUACUGUUUUAUGAGUAAGUUAUUGCACUUGGAACAAUUUUUUUCAUAGAUGUAAUUUCUUAGGAAACUGUAACAGUGGGUCAGAAUGGCGUGUAUUGUUUUGACAGGUAUAACCAAUAAUCCAAUAAAGAAUUUGUCUUUUUCCUACUGAA